AUGCCCCUGGAGAGCAUGACCAGGCCUCCCACUGCAGAAGGCUCCGGUGACCCUCUCGUAUCGUCCAGAGCCCCCAGCGGCAGCCCCCAGUGUUCCCCCAGCAAUGGCGACAGUGAGCUGUGGGCCACACUGCUGCGUGCUGUUCGCUCAGAUGCAGCCCUGGACGGCCCGCCUCUGCCCCCACUGCCCACCUUCCCCAGCCAGGAAGCAGGGCCGGAACUCCUCGCAGCCCCUGAGGUCUUCGCGGUGGGGAAUAACUCCUUUACCUGGACACCUUUUCCGCCAGCCCACACAGGCUGGGGCCAUGCUGACAGGUCAUUGAGAGGGCCUGCGGGCCCCCCGGGGUCACCCACCCCAUCCCUGGAAGGACAGCAUGUGCCUGAUCCCUGUGGGAACCCCAAGCCCCAGGAGCAGCUGACUAAGGAGGGGCCCUUAGCCCUGCAGAGCUGCCCCAUGUGCCUGGAGGAAUUCACGGCUGAGCUGAACCAGCUGGACGUGGACAGCCACCUGGCACAGUGCCUGGCUGAGAGCACAGAAGAUGUGGAGUGGUAGCCAUUGAGGGGAUAGCAUGGAGACCUGGUGACCUCACCCACCCUUAGCCUGUACAUUAAAUCAGGUUCUCACCUGACCAGGACAUCAGUUUUUAUUUUCUGAAGUAGUGCGAUCACCAUGAUGAAAACAGUGCCAUCUCCCAGGAAGCUGGAGCCCUUCACCAGCCAGAGGGGGCCUCACCACCCACACUGGCCAGCCGUUGUCACACAGGGCUGCCCAGGUGGCCUGACAUGUGGUCUUAGGCAGUACUGGGGAUGGAAACCAGGGCCUUUGCACUAAACCACAUACCAUCCCUUUUUA